CGAACAGAUCCAAUUUAUUUCCUUGCUUUAUCUGUCUCAUAAGAAAUGGCUACUCCCAUUAGAGAAACUGAAAAUUCCCCAAUUUCUACAGUCUCUAACCGUCAACUUUGCACCCAGAGGACCCGAUCCAAUGAGAUAACAAAUUUGCAAGAUCUCGAAGCUGGUGCAACAGUCUGCUGUAGAAUCUGUUUAGAAAAUGAAGGUGGAGAACUGAUAUCUCCUUGCUUAUGCAAAGGAUCACAACAGUUUGUGCAUCGCCAUUGUCUUGACCAUUGGCGCUCCGUAAAAGAAGGGUUUGCCUUUUCACAUUGCACAACAUGCAAGGCACAGUUCGAGUUUUUAGUGGUAGAUUUAAG